AUGAGUCUAAAAUGCUUCCCAUUGCUCUAUGUGAACAUGGCCGGUGAGAUGAUCUAUAUUCUCGAGCAGAGGAUAAAGAAUCUAAGGAACAUAUCUGAAGAAAAGGGUGACCUGGUAUCUGCACCGACAUUAUUCGGUCAACACUCAACGCAAAAAUAUUUGCAUGAAUAUUCAAGCCGCAGCACAUGUUUUCCCGAAGGCAUAUGCGAGCCAUGUUUGAACGAUUGGCACAUUCAAGUAUCAUGGCUCAGCGAGAGCAGUAUGGAAAAGCUGUUUGAUCUGACACUGAUGAUGACAAAGUACCAGAUCCAAUCGGUGGUUAUGCCUGAGCAGAUUCCUCAUCAGUCACAGAUGACGACGGGCCGCCACCUUAAAAACGGGCAUGAAACGGAUCGCGAAACAGGAGGAGGACAUCCAAGAACUCAUUCGCAACGCCCACGCAAUGGUUGGUGA